CCAAAGAAAAUUGUCGACGCUGACCAAACAACAUCACCUCACCUCGUGGUUGGUUUCUCACCGCCGGAUUGCGAUUCCGCUGAAAUCGACACGCUGCCUCCGUCGCUGGAAUCUCCGGCGAUCGAAUCUCACGGUUUCGCUUAAUCAACCCCCGGUGCUUUGGUGGGGAUCUUCCCUUUUGGCCAUGGACGUUACAGGACAAGCAGCGAAGAAAGAGGUUUCAAAGAUUGUAAACGAUGAAGUUUCAUCAAUCGAGAUCAAAGUAUUGUUAUUCGCCAGAGCGCGUGAGCUCACGGGUGUGCCUGAUCUAAAACUGAAGAUGCCAUCAGGUAGUACAACAAAGAAAUGUAUGGACGAAUUGGUCAUCAAGUUUCCAAAGUUAGAAGACGUACGCAGCUGCGUGGUUCUUGCUUUGAACGAGGAAUAUACAACUGAUUCGGCAAUUGUUAAACACCGAGAUGAGUUGGCCAUCAUACCUCCAAUAAGUGGUGGCUAAUGCCUUUUGUACUUGUAACUAAAUCCUCUUAACUUGGGGUUUUGUAUUUUCAUUGGCAAUAAAAUCAUAAAUGUAACAGUUAAAAGACU